AGGUAUACUUUGGUUUUUAAACAGUAGUACAUUACUUUUUCCUGUUUUCCAACUAGUUUUUAUGAUUUUGUCUUAUUGCAGCGAAAUUCUCAUAUACCAUUUCUAACUAAAACAUUUUGCGGGGUAAACUUUGCGGUACAGCGAAACUAGAAAAUUUUGCAGAAUACUCUUUCGGUUCACGAUUGAUCUUCUUUUUUGCGAGAAAAAUGUUUUACGAUUUCUCAAACAUCGCAAAAGUUUCUUCCACAAACGCGUAUAAUUUCAAUGUUAAAGCAUUCCAAACUAACCUAAGAAAUCUAUUACAAAAUUUACAUAAAGAUUUUGAACUUUGCUAUGUAUUAUUUUUAUUAUUUCAAAAUGAAUCUAUGUAUUGACAUUAAAAUCCUUGUAUGCCGGAAGCCCCGAGAAUAUGAAAUUCGUUUUGUCAUUUUUUGAAGUUUGAGACGACAGCUUUUUAUUUUUGAAUUGAGUCUGUGGUUAAGACAUGUAAAUAAAUCUAUGUUAUUUACCACGUUACUCAUCCCCCUUCUAAGAUUUGCAGUUAACUAUAUUUUGUUAACAAAACGUUUUUUGCGUGGUGUAAAUAGCAAGUGAGACAUUUGAAGGUAAGUUUGUUUGUUUGUUUUCUGGAAAAUUACUGUCAUGAAAUGAAAGUUCUGCGACGCUGUAGGAAGAAGAGACAACGCCAGGAAAGUAGCCUCCAUUUCAUGUUAUGUCUAACGAAGGUGAACUUUUCUUGUGAUUGCGUUUUCCGUCUCUUUAAACGCGGAUUAGCAAGUCAAAUUGUUUAACAUACAUUUUGUAUUCAUGACAUGUAUUCUCUUUCAGUGUGACGUCAUUUUAUAUCAAGUAAUGAGUCACAGCGCGCCAUCAUAUGUACAAACAUGUACUGAAGAACAAAGUUGUUGAAUCUUUAAUGAAUUGACUUCGUAAUCGUUCAAGAAUGAAAUAACAGAAGUUUAACCAACGCUUUCUAGUUUUCAAUGACGAAUAAAGAUUAUAAUUUUUGUAGCUGUUUACUACAAAUGUAUUAAUGCGAAUAUAUGAAAUUCAAGCUUCUAUGGUGGCGUUUAACGUUAGACUUGUGAUAGUAAAUGUGUUUCUUUUGUUGAUGCACACACCACAAUCGACAUCGAGAGGUUUGAUAAAGUUUCGUCAUAUUUUGAUGAAUUCAACCGCUCAUACAUGCUGUGUGGGAGUAGAGGAUCAUUGUAAAGAGAGAUGUAGUAUUACUUUGGACAUUUGUUUGCGAGCUUAUCAGUCACAUGUUUGUUUAAUCAAAGGAAGGACGAGAGAAAUCACAUCCAGCGAAGAUAUUGAAGUCGAAUUUUCUAGCAUGUACAAGGGUGUCAUGAGCUUGACACUGGCUGGUUUUAAAAGAAAUUCAUCAGAUAGAAUUUUUACAGUGAACGAUGAGCAAAGAAUCGCUUUCUCGAAUGCUACGUGGAAAAAAAUGGUGUACCAAACACAAAGUCUAUAUUUCUCAGUCGAAUUUAAAUUGUCAUGCGAGAAACAUUAUUAUGGAAAGGUCUGUGAAAGGCACUGCAAACCAAGAAAUAAUAGCGCUGGGCAUUUUCGCUGUGAUGAAAUGGGAAGAAGGAUUUGUUUACCUGGAUGGGAAAAACCUGAAUACUCCUGUUUAAAAGAAACUUGUUUACGUUGUGUACAUGGAAGAUGUGAACACAAAAUAUGUUAUUGUGACAAAGGUUGGGCAGGUUCCGACUGUAACGUGGAUUUAACAACAUGCUUCACUCGUCCCUGUUACCACAACGGAACAUGCACGGAUGAAGGAAAAUGCGACUGUCUAAGCGGAUAUUACGGUGGACGAUGCGAGAAUUCAUUAACACAAUCUAUUCAAAGUGUGAAUUCUAAACGCAUCGUCCCUACUGCUUCUAGACAUAAUCAUUUAACACUAAAUGUGCUAUCAACUACGAUUUCAUUAAAACAGCAGGGAAUUUCUUCAACCAUGUCCAAAUUCUCUUUAUCAUCAUGUUUAGAUCCGUUCAAGUCAAGACAUUCCUGUCUCUCCGUUCAACGGACUGAUCAACCUAUGACAUCAAAAACUAGCAACAUUGCUAUCUCUGUAUCUAUCCCACUUGCUAUGAUCGCCGUUGUCUUUGCUAUUGGCGCAUUUUUCGUAUUAUGUCAACGAUCAAAAUCUAAACGAAGAAGAAAUCAAACGUCUGUUCUCUCACCAAAUAAUAAGUUUACUACUCCAAUGAAACAAGCAGGCAAAAGAAAUUACUCAAUUAGUUCUACAGCCUCAAUUACCCCAAUACUUGAUCACUUUUGCGACAACGAUAGUGGAACUGGUAGUAGCCUACCAUACUUAGAUGGUAUUAGCAAUAGUAUAAACUUUCCUGUAGAUAUGUACUCGAGUUUGGAACAAUGUUCUAUUGAAGCAGUGCAGCCACCAUUUAGACAAAAAACAUUCCAUUUGAUAAAAGAAAAGAAAAGACCCAUUGGCCUAUCUUAUCCAGGGAGUACCACGUCACAAGUCAGUUCUGGAUAUUGCAGUAGUGGUUAUUCAAGCAGUUCAGCCUCGCCAGCUCCUCAUUCUGCUUCGUUAAAAAGUCUUUACUGUCUCAAUUCUUUCCUACUGACACGUACUUGAGUGGAAGUUUAUUAAAUAACGAUCAUAGCGACAAGCAGAAUGUUGCAAGCUUUGAAUUGAGAGAAAGCUCAAUUGAUUCACGUCAGACGAGACAUGUUUUUCCUCCCGUUAAAUUUGAAGAACUUCCAAACUUUGUGUGUUACCAUCAUGAUAAAGAAGAUGUAUUUUAGUAAAAAGACUGAUUAAUUUAUUUUAUUUAUAUAUUAUUGUUAAAUCACGUGAUUAUACACAGUACGCGAAAAGGAAAAAUAAAUCUGUAUACAAUUGUUUUCGAAUGACACGCGAUGGAAUAAAA